UGUCGGCGAUAUCUUCGGUGUUGCUACAGCUGUGUAGUUCAGGUGGACACGUGGUGGCUUCACGGACGCUCUACGGUGGGACACACGCCUUGCUUACUCAUUUCUUGCCGAGGGCUUGUAACAUAACGACGUCGUUUGUGGACAUAAGGGAUUUGCAAAUGGUUAAGGAAGCGAUUGUGGAAGGGAGGACAAAAGUACUGUAUUUUGAGUCGAUGUCGAAUCCUACGUUGACGGUGGCUAACGUGCCGGAGUUGAGUAGGAUAGCGCAUGAAAAAGGAGUGACGGUGGUGGUGGACAACACUUUUGCUCCGAUGGUGCUGUCGCCGGCGAAGUUAGGUGCUGACGUGGUUGUUCAUAGUAUUUCCAAGUACAUUAGUGGUGGAGCCGACAUCAUCGCAGGUGCCGUUUGUGGGCCAGCAAAUCUUGUGAACUCCAUGAUGGAUCUUCAUCAAGGGGCUCUUAUGCUAUUGGGCCCAACUAUGAAUCCUAAAGUAGCAUUUGAACUCUCAGAAAGACUUCCUCACUUGGGCCUGAGAAUGAAGGAACACUGUAAACGGGCUUUGGAAUAUGCUACUAGAAUGACUAAACUUGGGCUCAAAGUGAUCUACCCAGGCUUAGAGGCCCACCCAGAUCAUACCCUUCUUAAGUCCAUGGCUAAUAAAGACUAUGGUUAUGGUGGAAUUCUCUGUGUGGACAUGGAAACAGAGGAACGAGCUAAUCGUUUGUUGAAUGUAUUGCAAAACUUUACCCAAUUUGGUUUCAUGGCUGUGAGUUUGGGGUACUAUGAGACCCUCAUGUCGUGCUCGGGUUCGAGCACGAGCAGUGAAUUGAACCAUGAAGAGAAGGAGUUGGCUGGAAUUUCACCAGGAUUAGUGCGAAUGUCAAUUGGCUAUAACGGGUCAUUGGAACAAAAAUGGAGCCAACUCGAGAAAGCAUUAUCAAGAAUGCAAGAGAAAAUGGCAUUUUAGAAGCUGAAAAUUUGAAUUUGUUAAAGUUGCUAAGGUGCUUUUGUUUUUGCUUUGUGAAAGGAUGGAUCCUACUUUUUAUGUAGUAUUGUGCCUUUCGGCCCAUGUUUGUGUUACAAAUGUGGUGAUUGUAGUAAAGCUAGUUUUAAGCCCAAUCUAAGUCAAAAUGUGGCUAAAAUGUGAAGGAAGAAUACAAUAUGUGUGACCCUUAAACGAAUUA